GAGAGGAGGGGAGCUCCGUAGAUCCGCCCUAGAAAAGCAGUGUAAAUGAUAGUGGAUUGGCCUCUUUUCCUGUCAACGCGCUCAAGCAAAACUACAACCAUCUCAUGCCGACGAUGAAAAUAUGGCAGCUGGAAGAGCAAAGUCCUUCCGUCGUGUUGGGAGUCUCAUGCGGAGUAAAUCUGAGGGGACACUGAUUGAUCUGGACGACAGUGUUUCAACCAGUGACAACCGGAAUGGUGGGUAUGUGACAACACAGAACUCCGAGUGGCCACUUUUACAGCCAGAAGUCGCACUUUCAUCUCAGUCAAAUAAUCCCUUUUGGAACAAACUGUCUGAAUCAAAUCCUUUCUUAGAUGACAUUGUACACAGCAGCACAGACAAACACAUUUCCAACACAUCAGACAUAAAACAAGACAGUGAAAAGCAUUUGGACACAAACAACGAUGACGCCAGUAGCACAUCUUCAGAUGAAGGCAACGUGGGGAACUUUUUGGAAAACAAACACAAAGUCAGCAACAGAUCUGGGAGAUGGAGAAGUGCUUCUGACAUUCUGGAUGAUCUGGAGAGAAAAGUGCCAAAACGGGAGAACAGUUUCAGGCCGCCUGGGCCAGUACUGAACCCAGAUUUUGAGUGGCUAAAGAAUGACAGAGAAGCUUAUAAGAUGGCCUGGCUGAGCCACAGGCAGCUGACCCGCUCAUGCCUGGACUUAAAUCUGAUGAGCCAGAGUCCAGGGUGGGCUCAGACCCAGGCAACUGACUUUCAGGUUAUCUGCAAGAUCGGCCACGCUGGAGGCUCAAUACAGUUACCAGAAUCACAAAUUACCAUCCAUAUCCAAGAAGGCCAUGUUCCUCCUGGAGAAGUCCAGGAAGUUACACUGAAAGCAAUGCUAGACCCUCCUCCCGGACUCAAUAACAACUAUAUGACAACCAUGAGUCCGCUUGUAGAGGUGGUCCUCAGCAAUAUCAACACAAGGGAGAGUAUCUCCCUGGAUAUUAAACUGUCCGGGAAGGUGAAGAGUGACCCGAUAAGUCAGGUCAUGACUACUGUGGUCGGGCUGGUGUCCAACAAAAGAGAGGGACCUUAUCUCAGAGUGAACGACUGUUACAUUCACAAGAACAUGAUGCAGAUGAAGAUCCAGGACCUGAAGACACAUUUUUAUGUGAUUGCAGUCGCGGAGGCCACUGCAAUCCAGUCCCCUGCUACGUCAGUGUGGGAUUACCUUGACCGCCAAAUUACAGUAGCAGUUUAUGGUCCCAGGUACAUCCAUCCAUCAUUCAAGGUUGUAGUGGUUGUGUGCUGUCACGAGGAUGUCCCACCGAAGCUUCCGUUUUCAGUUAUCUGCAGAGGAAACAAAAACCUGCCUCCACUUGUGCUUCAGCUUUGGGGAAAGCAUGGGUUUAAACCAGACAAAGUGAACAACCUGCAUGUUGGAAUUAGCAUAAAAGACUCAGUGUUUAAAAUCAAACCUGAGGACAAACUGAAAGAAGUGAGACAAUGUCAGCUCAAAAUAGGGACAGUUUUACAUCUGCCUGUUGCAUUGUCUUGUUCCAGUAAUACAGAAAUGACUCCUUUUAAAUUAGAUCUUAAAGUGAAGGAAGCAAAUGAUGCAACUGUGGUUGAACAUUUCCAGGUGCCUUCCCCUCCUACAGCACCCAUCAGAUCAGAAAAGCGAGUGCCAAGGCAGACAGAAAAGCGGAUUGAAAUGGCAAGAACGUCACCUAUUCCUGAGGAAAGUGUUCCAGAUUUCCCCAAAUUCACAGACAGACCUGUAAACCUGCAGUGGUAUGGUGUAGCCCUAAAGUCAGUUCUCCGCCAGCCACGUGUAGAGUACCUUCUGGAGUAUUUCAAGGGGGACACUGUAGCUCUCCUAUCCAGAGAGACUGUUAGGUCAGUGGGUAACUCCAAAGUUAAAGAGUGGUAUAUCGGAUUCCUGCGAGGAAGAACUGGUUUGGUUCACUGCAAAAACGUCAAGCUCAUAACCAGAGACCAAGUGAUCGACUUCACCGGAAUUCAAAUCAGCACAAAGGUCCUCUUGGACAACAUGACACUGCCCUUCAAGAAGCUUACUUACAUGUACUCUGCCAUCCAGACUCUGGUCACUGAGCACAUAACCAGCUGGAAGGGUUUUGCUAAUGCUUUAGGGUACAUUAACCUGUCGCUGGACACCAUUACACGGAGGUACGCCGAAACUGAGGCCGAUAAAGUGGCCUGUGUACUGGAAAAGCUGAAGGAAGACUGCCAUGCUGAUAAGACUAGAAAAAAGUUUCUGCAUGAGCUCAUGGUGGGUCUGUUGAAGAUGGACUGUGUGAAGAUUGUGGCCCAGCUGAUUCAGAACACAGUCAUUCUGUCCACUGCUGUGGAGCUGGGAGUUCGUUGGCGGGAGCUCGCUGAGAAGAUGGGAAAACUCUCCAGUGCUCAGAUAGCAGGCUAUGAGGCGCCGCACCGAGGGAAGAGCGGAGAAGUCGUCGCCCAGUCAAUGUGGAAGCCCGCCUACGACUACCUGUACUCCUGGAGUCUGCAUUAUGAGGACAGCUACAGGGACAUGAUUCAGGAUCUGCACUUGGCCAUGGACAAAAUGAAAAACCCUGCCACCAGACAGUGGAGGCACCUUACUGGUGCCCUCAUCACAGUGAACUGUCUCGAUAUCUUUCGAGCCUCCGCGUACCCAAAUUCCUAAACCAUAUGCAAACGCACUCUAGUGAUCACAGCGACCUUCAUGCACUUGAGCAAAACAGAGACAGAGACAGGUUUUGUUACACAACAGUAGGGUUUUGCUGUUGUUUUUGUUGUUACUUGGCUGCCGUAUAGGUUUUUUUUAUUUCAUACUCAUUUUUACACAAAGCAUUAGAAACAACUUUAUUGAAACUCAAUCAGGUACUUGCACUAUUCGCUAUUAGAUCUCACUUGGUGAGUGUAAAACAUGUUGUUUGAGCUGUGAAGGAAUGUCACUUUAGAAGAAAAUGAAGUGAAGUUUGUCACUUUUCUCUAUAUAUGUCUGUGCAAAUGUGAUGAAGCCAUUUUGGUUGAUCAUUUUCUCUCAAAUGUUUAUGAGGUCAGUAGUUUAGCUGUUUCGCCAUCCUGGGCAUCAGUAACCUCAACUGGUAUAUUGAUAGCUUUGCCUUCUAAUAGUAGGCUAAUAUGUCGCCACUCAGAUACUCAUUUUCUGCAAAUCUACAUUACUUUAUGUUAAUAGCUACAUAAAUAAUAUUAUGUAGCUAUUUAGAUUUCUUAUACUACAUAACUUAAAUCACUGACUGUAUUACAUUUUUUUUUUAUUAGGAUCCACAUAGAUCCUGUGAAUCAGUGGGACUUUUAGGUUUUAGUUUUCUGAAAUAUGCUGUAACUAGUUAAUGAACUGUCAGAAAACCGAUAAAUGUGAACACUGUUGCGAUCUAACAAACUCAAGGGUUGCACUGCUGGCAGUAAAUUAAUCUGUGUUGAAGUUUGUGUGCUGAAAACAAGAAUGUUCUUACCAAAUUGAAAGUUCCCUGAUGCCAGUAAACAAACCAUAAAGAUGCUAAUAUAAAAGUGUCAUAAACUAUUGUUGUCUUAAAUAUUAGUGCAUUUGCUAUUUUUAUACUAUAAUGUAAUGUUUUAGAUGAGGCAUACAAUGUAACUGUUACAUAUUGACGUUUGUCUGAUCAUGUUUUUAUCGCCAAAUGGAAACCUCAUUGUUUAGAGGGGUGCCAUAUACAGUACACAGUGCCUCCCCUCACUGAAAUGUUAGACAAAUGACGACUUUGAUAUUGAAAUUGAGAUGUGUUGCAUGAGAUACGAAUAAAUAUA